AUGACGACGCCUGCUAUUCGAAUUCCCUUUACGGGUCCACUUCCGCCGGCCAUAAUAAUUCCACCAUCUGCCAGGACUAUAGCCGGGGCAAUCAAUGCCGUCACGGCCUUUUUCACUGCCCCGCCGGCAUUGAGCUUGCGUGGCAUUGAUGUUGGAGGUCAUUCUCAAACUGUCUUGCUGACAGGUGCUGGGAUUUCGGUCGCAUCGGGCCUAUCAGACUACCGGGGGGAUCAAGGUACCUACCGACGAAAUCAAUCAUACCGACCGAUCUACUUCCAUGAAUUUACAUCACAUCACGAGUCGCGCAAACGGUAUUGGGCGCGUAGCUUUGUGGGAUGGCCAGGUCUGGUGAAGGCACGACCAAACUCCACCCAUAAGGCCAUUCACGAUCUCGCUGCCAAAGGAUAUAUCAGCUCGGUUGUCACGCAAAAUGUUGAUUCCUUUCACUCGCUCGCCCAUCCGGAGCUGUCUACGUUGGAACUACAUGGAUACCUAAGAUCUGUCGUUUGUACUAGUUGUCGCAAUUACUUUCCUCGAGCAGAUUUCCAGUCAUCCCUUGAAAAGCUGAACCCUGCCUGGGCCGAAUUUCUCGCGCGCAUGGUUGAGGCGGGUGCGCUUGACACAACCAACCCCGACGAACAACGGCGCAAAGGUCUGAAGCUGAACCCCGAUGGUGAUGUGGAUCUUGCGGAAGCGCCUUAUUCUACAUUUCGAUAUCCGUCUUGUCCGACCUGCUUGGAGAACCCUCCUACUCUGAAAGAUGGGACGAGGGCCCGUGUUCAGGUUGAGCAUGACGGUGCAUGGAUGCUUCCAUCAAAUGCGGGGAUAUUAAAGCCUGCGGUGACUAUGUUCGGUGAAAACAUUGAUCCAAUGGUCAAGGAAGCUGCCGAGGAGGCGAUUGAUGAUGCUGGGCGCUUACUGGUUCUUGGAAGCAGUCUGGCAACCUACUCAGCCUGGCGCUUAGUCGAACGGGCCUACAAACGAGGCAUGCCCAUUGGCAUUAUCAAUGUCGGUGGGGUUCGAAAUGAGGCUAUGUUGUUUGAAGACCUGGAUGUCAGUCCAACUGCUCAUGUCCGGUGUAGUCUUCCUACAGAGUCAAUUCUACCAACCGUGGCAUCCGAACUACCCAAUAUAGCUAGAUACUAG